UGUCACUCGAAGUGAGCUUGCAUUUGUUGGAUUUACUUUUCCGUAAAGAAAUUCAGUAUUUCUUAGUUUUGGAGUGAUCUAUAAACAGAAUCCAUUUAUAUUUUAUUUAAGAAACAUAAGUAAGACAGACAGAUUAGCUCAACAUGACUACAAAUGGUGAUGUUGGAACCCUGGACGCCAGUGGUAAAAUAAUAAAAAUGGAAGUGGACUACAGUGCCACUUGUGAUGAAAAAAUUCCGCAGUGGAAGUCAUUGGCCGCUAGUGGCAAGGUUCAAGAAGCUAUAGACCAGCUACUGGCACUAGAAAAACAAACACGAACAGGUGCGGACAUGACAUCUACUGCAAGGAUUUUGGUGGCUAUAGUGCAGAUUUGUUAUGAAGCUAAAAACUGGACAGCCCUCAAUGAUCACAUUGUACUUCUGUCCAAAAGAAGGUCACAGUUAAAACAGGCUGUGGUGAAAAUGGUGCAAGAAUGCUAUAACUACGUAAACAAGACACCGGACAAAGAAACAAAAAUUAAGCUAAUUGAGACCCUAAGAACAAUUACAGAGGGUAAAAUCUAUGUUGAAGUAGAACGGGCGCGGCUUACACAUAUCCUUGCUAAAAUGCGGGAAGAGGAAGGUGAUGUCACAGAGGCAGCAAAGAUCAUUCAAGAGCUACAAGUGGAGACAUAUGGUUCUAUGGAUAAAAGAGAGAAAGUAGAACUUAUUUUAGAACAAAUGAGACUUUGUUUGGCUAUUAAGGACUAUAUUCGCACCCAGAUUAUAUCAAAGAAGAUUAGUACAAAAUUCUUUGAAGAAGACGAUACUAGAGAGCUAAAAGAAAAGUUCUACAGAAUAAUGAUAUCGGUGGAUCAGCACAAUGCGGCGUAUUUGUCCGUGUGCCGUCACUUCAGAGCCCUCGGACAGCUGGGUGGAUCAGAUGCUCUCAUCGGCAGUGUAGUCUUUCUGAUCCUGGCUCCGUAUAAUAACGAGCAGGCUGAUAUGACACAUAGGGUUAAUGAAGAUAAGGAUCUGGAUAAAUUGCCUGAAUAUAAGCAAUUAUUAGGUCUAUUCAUCAAUCCGGAAAUCAUAAGAUGGAGUACCUUAUGUUCAACGUACGAGAAGAUGCUAAAACUGACGCCAUUCUUUGAGUCUACUGAAGAGAAGGGGAAAGAACGCUGGAACGAUCUUAAGAAUAGAGUGGUUGAACACAAUAUCCGCAUAAUGUCGAUGUACUACACACGCAUCACUUUGCAACGAAUGAGCGAGUUGCUCGGUCUGAGUGUGACCGAGACCGAGGAGGCGUUGAGCCAGCUCGUCGUCAGCGCAGUGGUGCGCGCUAAGAUCGACCGCCCCGCCGGAGUCGUGCACUUCAGGUUAAACAUGGACUCCUCCGACCGACUUAACGAAUGGUCGCGCAACUUGAACACGCUGAUGCAACUUGUCAACAAAACAACGCACCUCAUCAACAAAGAGGAGUGCGUCCACAAACAUUUGUUAGCGACUGUCGAAUAGGAUUACGAUCUAUGAAUAAAUAAAUUAGUAUUAUGCCUGGUACUUUUCAACUUUCUAUUGUUGUCCUUUAGGGCCUUAUUAUUUAAAGUGGCACAACGUCGGAACACUUCCACACGUUUGUCUGUGACUGUACCUUUCAAAUGAAUGCUUUAAGAAACACUGCAUAACUAUUCCAUCGUUAUGCCACGUUAAUUAAUAAUGCUCUUAGUGUAAGUUUAUAAGUAAAUGAACUAUAAACGUUAAUCAACGAUGUUAUAAUCUGCGACAGUCAAACAAAUAUGUAUAUCAUCAACAUUUUUUCCGAAAGACUAGUGUGUGUUGUAUUGGUAACAUCUGAGUGUGUUAGGUAUAAAGGCCAAUAAAAAUUUAAACUUAACAACGUGGGACAGAUGUUGGACACGUCGAAACUAAUUUGUACAGAAAAUUAUAAAUAAAUAUGAAUUUACUACCGAUUUUAUUGUCAAGGUACAUAAAUAAAUAAACUCUUAAACAAGUUCUGCCUAAACUAGUAUAAAGUUAGCAGCUUUAUAAAUUAGUAGAUUUACGUUAACGCGAUUUUUACGUUUGUUUACUUAAAAAUUUACACAUACACAAUAGGUACUGAUCGCACUUUCCGGACGCGUUGCAGGUAUGACGUCACAUUUGCGUUACACCGCAUUCAUUACUUGCAUUCAUUAUAAGAUUUUAUUUGCACAGGUCUUUGUUGAAUUAAAGUUUAAUUCGGUUGCGAUCAGCUAAACCUACAACACAUCGCCCUUUUUUAUUUUAUUUUUAUUGUAUUUCAACGAGUAAAGAAAAUAAAUAUAUAAUUAACAUUC